CCUGUCUUCUCUACCCCCCUGCAGGAGCCCCCGUCAGGAGCUCUCCUCUCCCGCCCUCCUCGGCCACCAUGUCUCGGCAGUCCACCGUCACUUUCCAGACUGGCGGUCGCAGGGGCUUCAGCGCAGCCUCGGCCACCACCCCGGCCAAUGGACGUUCUCGGUUCAGCUCCGUCUCCACGGCCCGCUCCACAGUGGGCAGUGGAGGGCGGGGAAGGAUCAGUGGUGCUGGGGCCGGCUUUGGAAGCCGCAGCCUCUACAGCCUUGGGGGGACCAAGCGGGUCUCCGUUGGUGGGUGUGGCAGCAGCUUCCGAAGUGGCUUUGGUGGCAGGGCGAGCAGCGGGUUUGGGGUCAGCGGUGGAUUUGGCUAUGGUAGUGGGGUUGGAGCGGGCUAUGGUGGCGCUGGCUUCCCCGUCUGCCCUGCUGGAGGCAUCCAAGAGGUCACCGUCAACCAGAGUCUCCUGACUCCCCUCAACCUACAAAUCGACCCCACCAUCCAACGAGUGAGGAAAGAAGAGAAGGAGCAGAUCAAGAGCCUCAACAACAAGUUCGCCUCCUUCAUCGACAAGGUGCGGUUCCUGGAGCAGCAGAACAAGGUCCUGGAGACCAAGUGGAAUCUCCUGCAGGAGCAGGGCACCAGGACUGUGAGGCAGAACCUGGAGCCCUUCUUUGAUGCCUACAUCAAUGACCUCCGACGGCAGCUGGAUAGCAUCACUUCUGAGCGGGGCAGGCUGGACGCAGAGCUGAGGAACAUGCAGGACGUCGUAGAAGAUUUCAAAGCCAGGUAUGAGGAUGAAAUUAACAAGCGCACGGCCGCUGAGAAUGAGUUUGUGGCUCUGAAGAAGGACGUGGAUGCCGCCUACAUGAACAAGGUGGAGCUGGAGGCCAAGGUCAAUUCUCUGACGGAUGAGAUCAACUUCUUGAGGAUGUUCUUCGAGGCAGAGCUGUCCCAGAUGCAGACCCAGGUCAGCGACACGUCUGUGGUGCUGUCCAUGGACAACAACCGCUCCCUGGACCUGGACAGCAUCAUCGCUGAGGUCAAGGCCCAAUAUGAGGACAUCGCCAACCGCAGCCGGGCGGAGGCGGAGUCCUGGUACCAGACCAAGUACGAGGAGCUGCAGGUCACGGCCGGCCGGCACGGGGACGACCUGCGCAACACCAAGCAAGAGAUCUCCGAGAUGAACCGGGUGAUCCAGAGGCUGAGAACCGAGAUCGACAAUGUCAAGAAGCAGUGUUCCAGCCUACAAACGGCCAUCGCUGACGCAGAACAGCGUGGAGAAUUGGCCCUCAAGGAUGCGCGGGCCAAGCUGGUGGACCUGGAGGAGGCCCUGCAGAAGGCCAAGCAGGAUAUGGCCAGGCUGCUGCGUGAGUACCAGGAGCUGAUGAAUGUGAAGCUGGCCCUGGACGUGGAGAUCGCCACCUACAGGAAGCUGCUGGAGGGCGAGGAGUGCAGGCUGAGCGGAGAGGGUGUUUCUCCAGUUAACAUCUCCGUGGUCUCCUCCACUGUCACCAGUGGCUACGGUGGUGGCAGCAGCAUUGGAGGUGGAAACCUGGGUCUCGGCGGGGGCAGCGGCUACUCCUUCACCACCAGCGGUGGGCACGGCCUGGGCACCGGCCUGGGGGGCUCCAGCUUCAGUGUGAGCAGCAGCCGGGGCCACGGGGGCAGCGGCUCCAGUGUCAAGUUCGUCUCCACCACGUCCUCCAGCCGGAAGAGCUACAAACACUGAAGUGCAGUCUGCCCACUCGCUCACCCCUGCCUGAAUCCGACUCCACUGCUGGCCUGGCCUGGCCCCACGCCCCUGGAUACCUGGGUCCUUCUCCUCCUCCCUCCACAAGGCUCACCUGUGCUGUUGGGAAGCCGACCCCGGCUCAGCCCCCUUCCCUGGCCUGCCAGCUUGUGCUCUGCCAAAGCCGCUGUCUUUCAAGUUCACAUCCAGCCUGGCUUGAGCCUCCCCACCAGCUCUGCCCUCCUCUGCCCCAUGCGGAGAUGGGGAGUCUGUGUCUCCCAGACCAUCUCAGCCAUUGUCAGCACCCCCGUCUCACGGUGCCUAGAAGCUGCCUGCUGGGAGUGAGGCUCCCUCCCUCCCUCCCUGG